GAACGCUGCCUCGCUCGUCCGAAUUCGGUGGCGCCACGUCUGCCGGUCUCCGCCUUCCGCACCGCGGCUUCGGCGGCUUCCGCCUCGACACCUUCCACUCGCUGAGCCGGCCGCGUAGUGAGGGUGCCCGCACGGACAGACCCGCGGCUGUGCGCAUCCUGGCGACUUGAGAGGCCAAGAUGUCGGACAUCGGGGACUGGUUCAGGAGCAUCCCGAUCAUCACGCGCUACUGGUUCGCUGCCACCGUCGCGGUCCCCUUGGUCGGCAAACUCGGCCUCAUCAGCCCAGCCUACUUCUUCCUCUGGCCCGAAGCUUUCCUCUAUCGCUUCCAGAUUUGGAGGCCAAUCACUGCCACCUUUUAUUUUCCUGUGGGUCCAGGAACUGGAUUUCUUUAUUUGGUCAAUUUGUAUUUCUUAUAUCAGUAUUCUACACGACUUGAAACAGGAGCAUUUGAUGGGAGGCCGGCAGACUAUUUAUUCAUGCUUCUCUUUAACUGGAUUUGCAUCGUGAUUACUGGCUUAGCAAUGGAUAUGCAAUUGCUGAUGAUUCCUCUGAUCAUGUCAGUACUUUAUGUCUGGGCCCAGCUGAACAGAGACAUGAUUGUAUCAUUUUGGUUUGGAACACGAUUUAAGGCCUGUUAUUUACCCUGGGUUAUCCUUGGAUUCAACUAUAUCAUUGGAGGCUCGGUAAUCAAUGAGCUAAUUGGAAAUCUUGUUGGACAUCUUUAUUUCUUCCUGAUGUUCAGAUACCCAAUGGACUUGGGAGGAAGAAAUUUUCUAUCCACACCUCAGUUUUUGUACCGCUGGCUGCCCAGCAGGAGAGGCGGGGUGUCAGGAUUCGGUGUGCCCCCUGCUAGCAUGAGGCGAGCUGCUGAUCAAAAUGGUGGAGGUGGUAGACACAACUGGGGCCAGGGCUUUCGACUUGGAGACCAGUGAAGGAGUGGCAUCUGGCCUGCCCACCAGCCGUUCCACUCAGGCAACAUUUCUUCCCACUGCUGGGUGCGCUUAACAACACCGAGUCUAGCUAACGCUGUUGGACCUGACCCACACUGAAUGUAGUCUUUCAGUAUGAGACAAAUUUUUUUAAAUCCUGAAGGAAAAUACAAGUGUUCCUCAAGUUUCAUGAUUCUCAUUCAAGUCCUUACUGCUAUGAAGAACAAAUAUCAACUGUGCAAAUUUCAAAACUGACUAUUUUUUUGGUGUGUUUUCUUCCUUUUCUGUCUGAAUAAUGGGCUUUAGCGGUUCCCAGUCUGCUGGCACCGAGUUGGGCACCUGGGGUGGGGUUACUAAACCCUGUGAAAAGGAUUCUUGUCUCUUUCUUGCACACACACCUCCCUUCUACUUUUCCCAAUCCCCUAAAGUUUCAGCUAGUGGGGUUGCCCAUAAAAUGGUUCUGCCUUUGGCAGACUCUUAUUUAUUGACUUUGCCAAGGCUUGGUCACAAAGAACUUGUUCACAGUUAUUUUCCCCUUUGGUGGCAGAACUGUGACAAUAGGGAGAAUACUGAAGCAGUGGAUAAAAAACUUUCUUAGCUUUGGGGAUUGUGCCAACCUGACAGCCACAGCAACCAUUAGCCACCUCUUCAGGUGUUCUUAAUGAAACACCACGGAGUCAGGAUGGGCCCAUAUUGCUGUUAAUGAGGGUUGAGGGUUAUAACUAGGUAGUUUUCUAAUUAAGUGAUCAAAAUUUUAGUGGAGUUGCUUCUAACACAGGAGUUCAUUUUAAACUAUGGUGAACACAAUCCUUUUGUGUUUCCUCUGCAGGGCAUAUUGGCUUUGUGUACCCAGAGUCAUUGGAUUGUUAUAUAGGGAGGUUUCAAAUCACAUUGGCCACAGGGAGAUGCUCCCUUUGAGAGGCUCCUGGGCAUUGAUUCCAUUUCAUUCUUAUUCUGGAUGUAUGUUCAUUGAAGUGCCCUAUUAAAAUUUUCUUUUUUUUUUUUUUUUCCCUUUUGCCCUUUCUUCAUCAAGUGUUUCAGUUAAUUGUGAGAAAAGUGCAGCUCUUCUGUAUGUAAAUCGUUUUUUAAAGCUAAUAUAAGCACAUCUAAGUGAAUCACUCAUAAUUUGAGGUGUAAUGGCUUUAGAGUCAUUUGCAUUUGAAGGUCUUUAUUAUUUUUUGAGUCUGGAAUAUACAGUGUGAAUCAGACCAACUUGAAUACCCACGACGACUCCUUCAUAGGUGAGCUUUUUCCAUCAGAGCUCGGCUCAUCAACAAAUAAAGUUUUUGUAGGCUGCAGUGUUUCAUAGUUUGUUUUUAUUCUGAAAGCAGACAACUAGGAGCAUGGUGAGUGGCUGCCAUACUUUGAGUCAGCUAAAAAGAUUUUGGACAUUUUGAUCAGCUUCUUUUCAGGAAAAGUACCCUAACAGUAUGGCUCCUUCCCCCAUCCCCAUUCUUAUUAAACUGUGAUGUGUGUUAUAAUACGAAAUAUGAGUUUGCAAAGAGCUCCUCAUUUUUAAUAAAGUUUGUGUGUACCUUUCCAUAUUUAAUUUAUAUGAUAAAAUAGUAGGUGGAGAGAGUCUGCACCUAAACUGUCAAAUGUCCUGCUGUUGACCUGUGGCCACAAUAAAAUUUAUUUGUAAAGUUUUAGAAGCCAUUACUCCUAUUAUAUCGCUUGGUCACUCACUGCAGAAGUGGAAACUUGUGUGUGUACGAUUCUAAUGGUAAGUGAACCAGGGGUUCUGUGCCCCCAUAUCAACCUAUUUGCUUGAGAGCAGUAGUUUUUCUAAAGGUCUAUAAGUUUUUGGAAUUCUUCAGUUGAAGGCAUAAUGUUCUUUGAAUGAAAUUUUAUCUCAAACAUAGGAAGCUGAUAAUUUGGUCUUUGACGGGAUUACCUAUCUUUCUGGGAUAAUUUUACCAAAAUAAAUUAGUUUUGACUUGGCAAGGUAAGACAUGACAGUGGAUUCUCUUUAUGAAUGGAAAACAAAAAUCCUUAUUUUGUAUAGAUGGUAUCCCUUUUUGUAACUAAUCCUUUUUAUUGGUAUAAAUUGUAAAUUAAAAUGUACAAUUUGAA